AUGGCAAGAUUAUCGCGGGCUCCGCCGCCAUCUUCCCGGACCAGGAAAACGAUAUUGUCAUCAUCCUCCGAAUCUGGCUCCGACAACGGCUCCAACUCGGAUUCAGACUCCGAGUUUCCUGACAUCGCCGCUCUAUCACCAAGUCCCAAGAGGAAAACAGCUACUAGAAAGAGAGCCUUUCCACCUACGUACACAGCCUCUACCACCAGUAACCAAGGGCAGACAGUCGUCGAAUCCGCAACCUCACCAAACGCAGCCUCAUCAUCAGUAACCGGCGGCGCCAAGAGGCGAAAGCUGCUUCUGGGCGCAACGUUUUCGGAUAAUGUCCUGUUUCAAAAGUGGACGCCAACCGAGGAGGAUGCGGGGCUGCCGGCGAGGAGGAAGAAGAAGAGGGUUCUUACCACCGCCAAUAAUAACCCGUUUGGACUUGGUCGGUUAGCUCUAGGGAUGCGCAAUGAGGAGGGGGGCGAGGCCAAUGACUCUGAGUUUGAGAAUCCGGUGGUUCGCCGUCGAGAGAACAUGAAGGUCAAAGAGGUGAAGAGGGUGGGACAAGGGGAGAGUACAAGUACGGUUAUUGCCAAGGCGGAGGUGGGCAGGAUGACCGGAGAAGGUCUUUUCGGAGGUCGGUUUUCUGUGUCGAAAGAGCAUGGGGAGGCAAAAGACAAGAAAAUGGCAAAGGAUAAGGUGAAGGAGGAGAAGGAGGAAAAUGAGGAAAAGCCUUCGGCAAGUCUUGUUCAGCUAACGGAACAAGUCACCAGCAAGAACAACGACAUAAUGGAAAUUGAUGAGGAGGAUCGGGACUUGGACAUAUUCGAGGACCUCGAAGAUUAUGCGGAGGCGUCAUUCCAUACCGCGUGCUCCAUGGAGACUUCCGAGUCAGAAGAUGGACGUACGUUGAAGACCACGGCUGCUAGAAAGGGACAGAAUGCCAACACGGCGGCGGCGACAUCCAACUCGAAAGAAGAUGACUCAGACGAAGACCUGGACGAUUUCUUCACGAGGUUGAGCAGCAAGCCCAAGAUCCCAAUUGUCAGAGAAAGUCAUCUUUCGCCGACAAAGCCUCGGGAGACGAAGAACUCCAGAGGCAAGCGAAUGGACAUGGAUGCGACCUUGACAGGGGAAAGACAGAGCCAGAAGAGCCGGACUUUAUUCGAUGAGGAGGAAGAGGAAGAGAGUGUCCAACGACAACGACCAGCUAGGCCAACAAGACGGACAGUUGCUUCUAGCGACGAAGAAGAUACCUGUGGUGAGGAGGAUGUAACGCAGGACUUUUCCUGUCUUCAGUUGGAAUCCUCCUCCUCUUCCUCCUCCUCCGAAGAAAGCUCAGAAACCGAAACCGAACAAAGGCGAUCUCGUCCACCACCAACAGCUGCUACGAGAAAGCGGACACGAAUGCCCAGUCCUUCAUCUCCCAAACUAAUACCGAAGCUCAAACCGAAGACAGCGGCAGCACAACCACUAUUACCACCACCAUCUCCCAAAAAGCUUCCACGGAUCCCCUCCACCCCUCACCGCCCUUCAUCCGACCUCUUCUGGUCCCGCGAAUUCGUCGACGACUGGAACGACGAGCACUCCCCCGUCAAGAAGGAGCUCUUCCCUUCUUCGACCACCAAACCCACCUCGGAUAAUACUACUAACUCCUCCUCCCCCAAGAAAAGGACACGAGCGCCUCCUCGCAGCCCGCAAAAGCUCGCCGCCGCUCAAGCCCGCGAAUCCCGCCUCCUGCGGCAAGCCUUCGACACGCACAAGCACUCCCUCGCCAGCACCUUUUUGUCAUUACUCGACACCCGCCUAACCUCCGGUCGCUUAUCAUGCCUAACCGCCAGCACAGGCGGAAUCAAGCUGGUCUGGAGCAAGACGCUGAACACGACGGCCGGAAGAGCGAAUUGGAAGAAGGAGAAGGAAGAAAAGAAAGAAGUCAAGCACCAUGCCUCUAUUGAGCUCGCUACAAAGGUGUUGAGUACCCCGGAAAGAUUGUUUAAUACCUUGGCCCACGAGUUCUGCCACUUGGCGGUGUUCAUGAUCGACGGGGUCACUACGAGGCCGCACGGGGGGGAGUUUAAGUGCUGGGCGAGGAAAGUUAAUGAGUCAGAGUUUGGGAGACAUCGUGGACCGCUGGGCAGCAUGAUCUUGGAAGAAGGGGAGAGUAAGGGGAAGUGGGAAGGUGGUUACGCGGUGGAGGUCACGACGAGACAUGGGUAUGAGAUUGAGUUUAGGUAUGUGUGGGUUUGUGAUGGACCUCUUGCUUCUGCUUCUUCUGGUCAAGGACCUGCUGGUGGCUCUGGGGUAGGGAAAGGGGGAGAGAAAGAAAACGGAGGAGGGUGUGGAACAGAGUAUAAACGCCAUUCCAAAAGCGUUGACCCCUCGAGACAUCGGUGUGGAGUCUGCAAAGGGGUUUUGAGGCAGGUUAAACCUGCGCCCCGAGGGGGUCAGGGUCAACAAGGUAGUGGUGGGAACAUUUCCUCUGCCGAUGGGGAGCAACCUGGCACCCAAGGAGGAAUGGGCAUGGGCACGAACAAGAUUAAGGAGAAGGCUAAGCAAUCCGAGUACCAAAUCUUUGUCAAGGAGCAGAUGAAGGUGGUUAAAGCUCAGAAACCGGGAUUGGCGUUUGGGGAGGUUAUGAAGGAGGUUGCGGAACGGUGGAAAGUUGAGAAGGCGAGGAGGGAGAGGGAGAAGGAGACGAAGGAGAAGAAGGCCACGCUACCUACUGAAGUGCUUGGGAAGUUUUCAACACUUCUGGAGGAGGUUAUCGCUGAUGAAGACGACCAUGACGAGGACAACAGUCCCGGUAUGUUCGAGGACGAACCGAUGAUGGAUGUGGUUGAUUUGACCGCGGAUGACUGA